CCGGAAGAAGACAGAGGGACCAUUUCAAAUGAUCUUUUCAUUUUGACAGCUAGGGGUCGACAGAUGCGAUAUUCACAAUGACUUCAUAUGGUCUCCUAGAUGAUGCUGCAAGCCCUAAUCUGCCUAUUCUUUCACCUGAACCAGAUCGGCCUUCACUCCAUCAGGGCAGUUCCCUGGAGAAGAAAUCAGACUUCAACAUUCUAGAGAAAUUGAAGCAUUUGAGAGAUGAAAAGAAAUUUUGCGAUGUGGUCCUGGAGGUGCGAGGUGUGAAAUUUGUUGCUCAUAAAAAUGUCUUGGCAUCUUGGAGCCCAAAGUUUGCUGCAAAAUUGUUCAGCGAUAAUCCAAAUGUUUAUAAAGACUACAUUCUUGUGUGCUAUGACAACAGUGAAGUGUUCUCGGACUUGUUAGACUUCAUGUACAAUGGAUAUGUUGCUCCGAGAGAAACUAACUUCCUCCAGCUGCUUCACUUAGCCGUGAGCUUCCAAAUUGAAACACUGAAAAAUUAUUGUGAAGAGUUCCUUCGGUGCAACUUACACUUGGGUAAUUUUGUCAGCACAUAUUUCUUAAGUCGCAAAUUCAAACUGGACACAUUAGAAGAGUACAUUGUGGGCUUUUUGCAGUUAAAUCUUUCAGAUACGGUCAAACAGCCAGAGUUUCUGUCUCUGAAGGCUGAAAAAUUCAACACUUUCCUGUCCGAAGGAUGUAUGAAGAAGAUCAAGCCAGAAAUCAAACUUUUCCUCAUUAUCAGUUGGGUAGGUUAUGAUGUUCAGGAAAGGGAGAAAUACCUUGUGGUUCUACUUGGUCACAUCAACUGGUGCACUGUUGCCAAUGACUUCCUUCUUGAAAUCAACCGCACUGAAAACUUUUUCACCUCUCACGAGUCAAGCCUCUACUUGCUGCUACAGACCUUGUACAGUGCUGGAAUUCCUUUAGGGCCCUACAAAAAUGUGUUCCCUAGGUUACGGGAUACUCAUUCAGCCAUUCUUAAAGAAGUUGUUCAUACUAGCCUUUUAAAGCUUGACACAGAAACCUUCUGCCCAGUUACAAUAACUGUUAAAGAAAGGCCACAUCAUAGGGAUGCAUGUGUCAGUACUAAUGUAAGAUCGCUGCCUUGUGUUUUUAGAGAUGCUGCAAUAAACACAAAUGUAAACAGUCUGCAUUUCCAGGAGUCUGAAUGUCAUGGUUCUGAGGAAAAUCAGACAUUUACAAACAGAAAUCAAGAAGUACCUGUCUACACACAAGAAGCCAAAUAUGAUCAAUUUGAAACUCUAGGAGAAUUCAUUGAAGCAGAAAUCCAUGAAAUUAAACUGAGAGAGUCGCAGGCAAAAAUGUCCUUUGAAAAUCACCUAGAGACAAAAAAACCGAGUGUAAUCUCCACAAUAGAAGCCAGCAAACCAAAACAGCCUCUCAAAAAACAUAGAUCAGUUAGUCAGGAUCAUGCUUUUUUUAAACGGGUUAAAAUGGACGAAAUUAGUGGACAAUUCAAUAUGGAAACAAGAAAAAGUCAAAGAACAAUUGUACAAGAGAAACAAUCUAUAGUAGUUGAAAAUUUUGAAGUACUUCAUGAGCAAGACACUAAUCCCAAAGAUAAUUAUGACAUUAAUAGUGACCAAACUCACCUAACUCAUUUUAAUGCUGAAGUAAGUGAGGCUGUAAAUAAAGAAGAUGCACUAGAUGAAGAAAUUCAAGAUAAUACUGGAAAUAAAGUCAAACCAAAUCAAACAGUGGCGAAAAAUAACUCAAGGGAGUGCAAGAAAGAGGUUUCUGAAAAAGAGGUUAAACAGCUGAUAUGCCAGUAUGAAAACUGUGCUUAUAUCACCAAGUACGCACAGAGAAUGGAGAAGCAUAUCAAGACAGUGCAUGAAACCACGUUUGAGCUGCAAUGCAACCUGUGUCAAUUUGAAACGAAAGAAGUGAGGAAGUACAAUGCGCACAUGAAAACCCAUUUUCCAGGACCGCCAUUCAAGUGCGACUAUCCGCGAUGUACGUACAGCCACGAGAAGAUCCAGACCAUGCUUAUUCACAGACUCGUACAUACAGAUGAUAGGCCCUUCACCUGUGACUGUGGAAUGAGGUUUAGAACCAAUAACACUCUCAUUGCUCACAAGAAAACACAUUUAGGUGUGAAGGCAUACAAAUGCCCGGAGUGUGAUGUCUCGUUUGCCACACGGAAUACCCUGAACCAACACAUGGUCACCCAUAGCGAUGUGCGCCCCUACCUCUGUGACCUGUGUGGGUUUUCAACCAAGUUUCAGUCGCACCUGAUUGCACAUAAACGUAUACAUACUGGGGAGGUGUUCACCUGUACGGUAAUGAACUGCAAAUAUUCCUCACCUAAGCGCAGUCAGUUGAAGUCUCACCUGCGAUCACAUUACGGCAUACGGUCCAACAUCUGCGAAAUCUGCAGCAAGAGCUUCAUAGAACGCAGCCAUCUCCUGCGCCACCAGAAACUCCACACAAACGAGCGAAUAAACUGUGAGCAGUGCGACUAUUCAACAACCAGAAAAGAUAAGCUGAAGGAACACAUGAGGAAACAUCACAGUGGGGAAGGGGCAUCCCCGCCUAAAGCUAAGAAGGGCAAGUCCGGUACCAUGUCUAAAAAUAAAAACAUGAAAAAGGUCCAGCCAAAUCUGACUGCUUUAGCGAUCAGCUCGUCAGUUACUGUGGAUACUAGCGCUCCAAUCACUGUAAAGUGGGACCAUGCAGGAUAUUCCGUAUCACAUGAUUAUACGGACCAAUCAACUCACGGGGACGGGUUACUGCCGGAGGACGCCGCAUUUGGGGUGCUUCGUGACUCAUUGUCGAACAACGAACCAAUACAGCCUUUGUUGAGGAUCGAUCAGAUAAAUACUCAUAUGAAUAUAUCCAAGACUUCCCUCGACUCUGGGGUUAUUGUUAGUCAGAAUGGCAUACUGACGGGAAGUAUGGACGGAACAAUAAUGAAUUCUUCUAUGCCAGUUCUGAACAUUUUGACGAAUGUGGAUCCUAUGUCGGUCAGUCAGGCUGUCCACUCCAGAAUGGACACAGCUGACCAUGCGCAUGCUUACUCAAUAAUCAAUUCCACUGCCCCUGUGAAUAUGCAGCAACAGGAGUUUACAGGGCUCAAUGCAUUUAUGCCUUUUAUUUAACCCUUUGCAUGCUAGGAAAUUUUUCAUCUGCUAAAAUGUUGUCUGCUGAAUUUCUAAAAUUAGUAUUUUCUUGGAUUUUUUUCAAAGAAUACUAUCAGAAUAUCAAACAGUUUGGAUCCUGAUGAGACGCCACGUUCUGUGGCGUCUCAUCUGGAUCCAAACUGUUUGCAAAGGCCUUCAAAAUUCGGUUCCUGCACUGAAAGGGCUAAACUAGGAGUUCUACCAUUACAAUAUUGAGGAAUUGUGGAAAUAGAAUAUCAAAUGACAUAAUUAUUUAAUAUCAUGAGACUGAAACAUUGUAUAAUAUUAAUUUCAUAUCAUGUCAACAGAAUUAUUGUGAUAAGUUUAAAAUAAAUGUCUUUAGUUUAUAUUGUGUAUAUUCUAUUAUUGUAUGACAUAACUUAAAAUUAAUGUAAAUUAUGAAUUUUUCCCUUAAUGAAUUGAUAUACACGUAAACAAUAUUAUUUUAUGUUAAAUAUUAAAGAUAUUGUUUUUUUUGCCCUUCAUUUUUAUUUUGUUUUAGUUGUUAAAGCUUCUGCAAAUUAAAUAUAUAGGCAUCAGAUGUUUUUUUAGCACACCUGAGCACAAUGUGCUCAUGGCGAGCUUUUGUGAUCACCUUUUGUCGGUAGUCCAUUGUGCGACGUCAACAUUUGCCUUGUUAACACAAUAUAUUGUUCAAUCCUCCUGAAAUUUGUUCAGAAGAUAUGUGUCAAUGAUAUCAUGGACAUGUUUGAAAAUGGUUCUGGUUGGCCAAAAAACAUGGCCGUCAGCUUGCAGGGCAUUUUUCCUUAUAUGGCUUAUUAUGCUAUAGAAAAACCUUGUUAACACUCUAGUGGCCACAUUUAUUGUCCGAUCAUCAUGAAACUUGGUCAGAAGAAUUGUCCCAAUGAUAUCGUGGACGAGUUCGAAAAUGGUUGGGGUUGCUUGAAAAACUUCGCUGCCAGGGGGCGGGGCAUUUUUCCUUAUAUUUCUAUAAAUCGCUUAAGUUAAACCUUGUUAACACUACUCUAGAGUCCACAUUUGUUGUCUGAUAAUAUGAAGCAUGGUCAGAAGAUUUGUCCCAAUGAUAUCUUGGACGAGUUAAAAAAUGGUACUGGUUGGUUGAAAAACAUGGCCGCCAGGGGGUGGGGAAUUUUUCCUCUAAAAGUACACUCUUAAAGUACAUUUAAUGUCCAAUCAUCAUGAAACAUGGUAAGCACAUUUGUUUUAAUGAUAUCUGGAAUGAGUUCGAAAAUAGAUCCGGUCUGUUGAAAAACAUGGCCGCCAGGGGACGGGGAAAGAUAUCCUUAUAUGGCUAUUGUAAAACCUUGUUAGCCCUCUAAAAGUUACAUUUAUAGUUUAGUCUGUAUGAAACUUGGUGAGAACAUUUGUUCUAAUGAUAUCUUGGGCUGCACAGAACAGGUAAAUUCCUUUGUAUCUCAGGUGAGCGACUUUGGGACUUUCAGGCCCUCUUGUUUUUUAAAUGUAACAUUUUUUUUUAUGUUCUUUUUUCAAACAAUGGAAUAAUUAAAUUGUCUAAUUAAUUUUAAUAAAAGUAAGUAUUUUGUCUUAUGAGAUAGGUAAUUGAUUUAUAGAAUAAUUAGCAAUUAAGUAAACAAAGCUAUGUAUUUUUUAUGCAUCUGGUACAUAUGUAUUUAAGUCAAUCUUAUACCAACAGUUGACUUAAUUAUAUCCAAUUCACACGUUAUGAAUAAAAAAUUGAACUAUUUAUAGCAUGUCUUUUUAAUAAAUUGUAUUAAUAAAAAAUAGACAGCAUUAUAACAAUCUUUAUGAAUUUUAAGUGUUAAGGAUAAGUAGGCAUAUUAAAGUUUAAAGGUACAAAACAUGUCUUUAUCCCCACGCUUUUUGAAAAAAAGGUGGGGAUAUUGUGGUUAUCUCCGCCGUCCGUCCGUCCGUCCGUCUGUCCGUCCGUCCGUCCUGGCCACUAUCUCCUCCUACACUAAAAGCACUAGAACCUUGAAACUUACACACAUGGUAGCUAUGAGCAUAUGUGCGACCCUGCACUAUUUGGAAUUUUGAUCUGACCCCUGGGUCAAAAGUUAUAGCAGUUGGGGUGGGGCCGCGUCAGAAAUUAUCACUCAUUUUUUUAGGUUAUUUUACAUUUACUUCUUUAUUUCUACACCGAUUCACUUCAAAUUGAUACUGGACCUCUCUUAUCAUGUAUAUCAUGGAGCUGCACAUUUUGAGUGGUGAAAGGUCAAGGUCAAGGUCAUCCUUCAAGGUCAAAGGUAUUUUUAUUUUAUUUUUUAUAGUAAAAAUUGCCUUUUACUAUAAUUUCUUUAUUUCUACACCGAUUCACUUCAAAUUGAUACUGAACCUCUCUUAUGACAAUACGGUCAAUCUCAACUAUGCAUGGCCCCAUAACCAACCCUGGGACCCCGCCCACAUAGACCACACCCGCCCAAAAUUGCCUUUUACUAUAAUUUCUUCAUUUCUACACAGAUUCACUUCAAAUUGAUACUGAACUUCUCUUAUGACAAUACGGUCAAUCUCAACUAUGCAUGGCACAAUUACCAACCCUGGGGCGCCCUACCCACAUAUGUCACACCCACCCAAAAUUGCCUUUUACUAUAACUUCUUCAUUUCUACACCAAUUCACUUCUAAUUGAUGAUGAACUUCUGUUAUGACAAUACGGUCAAUCUCAGCUAUGCAUGGCCCCAUUACCAACCCUGGGGCACACCUAGGUCAAACAUUCGGCGUGGGGAUACGCGUCGGCCUCUGCCGCGCCAUUUCUAGUUUUCAAUUUGAUUAAAACAUUAGUACAAAAAACAUUAAGAUAAUAAAUCAAUUAAAUAUAUGUUAUGUUAAUGUUCAUUUAAUUGAUGAUGCUUAUGUUCAAUCAAGAUUUCAUUCAGUGUAAUUGUUGACAGAGGUUGACUCUGCAACUUGUGAUGCACUUUUGUUAUGAAAUUUAAUAA